AUGCUUCUACACAGUUCAAACAAACCAGAUUUAAUCAUGAAAAGUAGUUGUGGAGAUCUGCAAAGUCGUCUUAAAGCUCGAAAACUAUUAGGUGUUGGCGAUACAGCAGGUUCAAAAAUUACUCAAAUACUUGGGCAUUCAGACCAAUUAAUUUUUCAACUACCACCAAAACUAGCCACAUGGCUACUUUUAACAACGACAAUAUUCAGUUGUUUUACUGUGAUGGGUCUACUUUGGCCGUCCUCGCUACGACUCAUAUUACUCGGUAGUUUUGAAUCAACAUUACAUCUUGCUUCAACUUAUGCUUUUUUGGCAGCAAUCCUUGGUUUAACACUUCGAUCGGGAGACAAAAAUAGUCUACAACUAGUUCUAGUCUCUCUUACUUUAUUCCAUUCAUUAUCAUUUUUUAUUUCUUUAUGGUUUCUUAAAACAAGUGAAAUGAAAUUUAAAUCAACGGCAUCACUUAUUUUUCAUUUAUUUUGCCUAUUAAUAAAUGCACAUUUCUAUCAAACAAUUAUUCGAUCUGUAUCAUUAUUUCGAUCAUAUUACAAGCCGAAAACAUAUUUUCCUUCAUUAUUAUCAUUUCCAUCAUCGAUUGAUAGUACUGGACAUGAUUCGUCUUAA